AUGCUAGAACUACUGGUCUCACCCAGCUUUACUGUAAACAGUGAUCGUCCGGGUAAACUGAAGCUUAACCGUGCUGACGCUGAUGUCUGGACUCUGAGUGACAGAGAAGGUAGGCCUCCUGCUGUUGGGCUUGGAGAUUUAAUCUUGUUUCUUCCACGCAGACCUUGCCUGCGUGUCCCACCCGGUCAGCCUGCCUCGGCCAUGGCAGCCUACGGCCAGACACAGUACAGUGCCGGGAUCCAGCAAGCUACCCCCUACACGGCUUACCCACCUCCAGCACAAGCCUAUGGAAUCCCUUCUUACAGCAUCAAGACAGAAGACAGCUUGAACCAUUCCCCCGGCCAGAGUGGGUUCCUCAGCUAUGGCUCCAGCUUCAGCACCCCACCCGCUGGACAGAGCCCGUACACCUACCAAAUGCAUGGCACCGCUGGGAUCUACCAAGGAGCCAACGGACUGACCAGCGCAGCCGGAUUCGGAACCGUGCAUCAGGACUAUCCUUCCUACCCUGGCUUCCCGCAGAGCCAGUACUCCCAGUAUUACAGCUCAUCCUACAACCCUCCUUACGUCCCAGCCAGCAGCAUCUGCUCCUCUCCUCUUUCCACGUCCACCUACGUCCUCCAGGAGGCAUCUCACAACAUCCCCAACCAGAGUUCUGAGUCACUUGGCGGUGAAUAUAACACACACAAUGGGCCUUCCACACCAGCAAAGGAGGGAGACACAGACAGGCCGCCCCGGGCCUCCGACGGGAAGCUCCGAGGCCGGUCUAAGCGGAGCAGCGACCCCUCCCCAACAGGGGACAAUGAGAUCGAGCGUGUGUUCGUGUGGGACCUGGAUGAGACGAUAAUUAUUUUCCACUCCUUACUCACCGGGACUUUCGCCUCCAGAUACGGGAAGGACACCACGACGUCCGUGCGCAUCGGCCUCAUGAUGGAAGAAAUGAUCUUCAACCUCGCAGAUACCCAUCUGUUCUUCAAUGAUCUGGAGGAUUGUGACCAGAUCCACGUGGACGAUGUCUCAUCUGAUGACAAUGGGCAAGAUUUAAGCACCUACAACUUCUCCGCCGAUGGCUUCCACAGUUCGGCCCCGGGAGCCAACCUGUGCCUGGGCUCCGGCGUGCACGGCGGCGUGGACUGGAUGAGGAAGCUGGCCUUCCGCUACCGGCGGGUGAAGGAGAUGUACAACACCUACAAGAACAACGUCGGCGGCUUGAUAGGAGCUCCCAAAAGAGAGACCUGGCUACAGCUCAGAGCUGAGCUGGAAGCUCUGACCGAUCUCUGGCUGACCCACUCUCUGAAGGCACUAAACCUCAUCAAUUCCCGGCCCAAUUGUGUCAACGUGCUAGUCACCACCACUCAACUAAUUCCUGCCCUGGCCAAAGUCCUGCUGUAUGGAUUGGGUUCUGUGUUUCCUAUUGAGAACAUCUACAGUGCAACCAAGACAGGGAAGGAGAGCUGCUUCGAGAGGAUAAUGCAGAGGUUCGGCAGAAAGGCUGUCUACAUCGUGAUCGGCGACGGCGUGGAAGAGGAGCAGGGAGCCAAAAAGCACAACAUGCCGUUCUGGAGGAUAUCCUGCCACGCGGACCUGGAGGCGCUGAGGCACGCCCUGGAGCUGGAGUAUUUAUAG